GGCUAACCUCACAUGGUCUUGUMAAUGUAGGUACCUUUGGAUGGRAUAAGGUCCAGAGUUAAUGAUUGCAAAUGGAUUCCCAACAACAAGAUCUUGACAACCAGAGUGUAGCACGUGUAGACUUACCAACGAUGAACAACAACAAGCAAAGUAAUGAAGACAUUGAUGGAUGGAACCCCAUGGAAGAUGACUAUACUAACAAAGCGUUCAAUGCCUACAAGGAACCAACAACAGCUGAACUAAGACAAUGGAUGCUUCAAAAGGGKGAGAAAGCUCCMAGUGAAAACAUGAUGGCAAACUAUAGAAGCCCAGAAGGAGAUGUGAGACUUUUUGUCAAUGGUAUUCCACCAGAUUUGACUCAGGAGGGAAUCAGAGGCUUGUUUAACCAAGCAGGAAAAGUAACAUAUUGUAAAGUCAUCCCAAAAAGAGAUACUAGUAGAAAAGAUACAUUUGGAUUUGUUGGUUACCAGUCAUACAGAGAGGCCGAGAAAGCUAUCAGACUCUUUGAUGGUUUUUCUCUUGGAGAAAACUUGAGGUUGAAAGUUAACCUUGCAAAACGAAAAGCAGAAAACAUACCUUAUGCUGAGAGUUCUUUGCCAGCAGGAUUGACUGAAGUGAAUGGAAUUGAUGAAAGUGCAGACUGGGAUACCCAAGCAAUGAACUCUGCUGAGACAGAUAGUGGUGUUACUAAGAUAGACACUGCUGAAGUUGCUAAUACUGAAAAUACGAUCAAUGAAGUUCCAAUGGAGGAAAAACCUACUGUAAAGCAGGAUAAUGAACCACCAGAACAGAAUCAUGAUAACCAUACACAUGUACAAGCUGCUGAAACUAGAAUAAGUUCCAGUGAUUAUUCAACACCUGUCACUCAGUCCASUUCUGUACCAAGUAGUGCUGCCCCUCAAGUUAAUGGUCAGAAAGUCUUAGAGAAGGAACUCAUUCCUGAAGCACCAUGUUCAGUGUGUGGAAAGAAUGGACGAAGGCGUUGCUCCAGUUGCAAAAUCCAGUAUUGUAGUAAAGAUUGYCAGAUAACUGACUGGCCAGAGCAUAAGAAAGUUUGUACCUGGAAAAGCCAAAAGGAAAUUGAAGUCAAGCAAACCAAUAAAGAUGAACCAUACGUAAUAGAUGAAGAUGAGAUGGAAAUUUCAGAUCCUCGGGGCUUCAUGUCACACUUUGGUGUUCGUGUCAGACCAGAUGUGGUGCCGGCAAUAGCGCCAAAUGCAUUUGAACAAGACAACAGUUUAUACCUUGAACUUGACUCWGAGUAUCCACAGUAUCCAGUAAAUGGACUUCGUCAGCCGCUGGAGAGAGCUCAGAUUACAGAGAUAGAMGAACCAGAAGAAAACAAUCCAGUUGUUGAAAAUCGAAGAUCUCMAUUAAUUGAAGAGAUUGAUCCUCCAAAUACCAACACCAGGUCACCUCUGAUUGAAGAGAUUUCCUCAAAUGAUGUCCAUGCAACAAUAAACCACACAACUUCUCCUUUAAUUAGCGAGCUAAGWUCACAGCAACAGGAACCAUUGGAGCCAGAACAACCAUUGAUUACAGAGAUCUCUUCAACGUCAGAAACUGUAAAGARUCCUGUYARUCGCCCAUUGGUUGAAGAAAUAGUUACAUUUAAUGGUACCAACAACCUGAAAUCUAAGCUAACAUUAAUUGCUGAGAAUACCAAUGAUGAAUCUGGAACAACUACCAUCACAGAAAUUCCUGCCACUCAAGCCACAGAAAAUCGACCACCACUAAUUACAGAAAUUAUUCCAGGGGAAUCCAUUUCUCAGGCACCACAAAGUAUUCAGCCGAUUAACCAGAAUUAUCAAGAAGAAGAGUCCAGCAAUGUGAUAUUAAACCAAAGUCCAGUCCMCCAUCGCUAUCGAUUUGCCGACAUACCACACGAGACAUUGUACCCGGAUAACCUUUAUGACAUUGUUGUCACGUCUGUCUCAUCUCCAGGCCUAUUCUGGGCACAAAUGUUUGCAAGAGAUACAUUAGAAAGACAAACCUUCCUUUACCAAACCCUCAACGAAGUCUAUGCCAAUUCAGAGUACGAGAACUAUGUUCCAAUGCCUGGAGAUGUGUGUGUUGCCCAGUAUUCCUUAGAUGACAACUGGUAUAGAUGUAAAGUCAACUUUAUCAGUAAUAAUGGUUAUGUUAAUGUAACUCACAUUGACUUUGGCAGUUCRGAAGACGUCAAUGUAACCAGGAUUAGGAGAAUUACCAGUGACAUUGCAGCCGUCAGAAUACAAGCAAUCAAGUGCUCUCUGUACUUUGCAGAUGGUUCGCCAAAAGAGUGGAGCCAUGAAAUGAUUGAAACUUUUCGCGCCACUGUUCUGGAUGUCAAGUGCAGAGUAAACUGUGUUGAAGUCAAAGAUUCUGUGUGCUUUGUGGAGUUAUAUGGUGCUAACGAUAAAAUGAGUGACAUGCUUCAAGAAAUGAAGAAUAAAUUUGUCUUAAAUCCUGUGGCGUUACCAGAACAACCAAUGGACAAUCUUCCUUCUGAGCCCGUACCCCGUGUGAUGUUAGCGUCCCCAGUAUCGACAGACACUAAGACCACACCAACCAUGUCACGUAAUCAACCAGUUCCUGCCACGAUAGCAGACCAGCCAUCUAUACCGCCAGAUCCUAUGACCACACCAACCAUGUCACGUAAUCAACCAGUUCCUGCCACGAUACCAGACCAGCCAUCUAUACCACCAGAUCCUAUGACCACACCCAGUGUGUCACAUGAUCAACCAUUGGUUACAAACAAUGCAACCAUUCCAGAACAAUCAUCCAAGCCCAUUGCUAUGACUGCACCAAGUACACUGCCUGGUCAAUCAGGUGAGGCAACUACAACAAGCAUUACAGCUGAUCAGGUAUCACAGAUUUCAUCGUCAGAAAGAGCGACCACACCCGUUGAGUUAUCGAAAAUGGUUUCAGAUAUUUCAAUGACCUCUUUGCCAACACCAACGAGUGAAACAUCUCAGCGAGAGACCCAUGAUUCAACACCACACAGUACACUCUCUGGACAAGUACCAUGUCCAACAAGCCCUGUCCAUGAUGCACUUCCUGGUCUGAAAACACCACCACCAUUGCCUACACUAUCUACGCCAGAUACUGACCGACAAGGUCAACCAACCUCUAGUUUAUCAAGUAGUGAUAAAUUUUCAAGCACGUUGUCAAGUUCAAGCUCAGAAGUAGACUUGAAGCGAACUCUCUCGCCAUCAUCCYCGAGGCACGGCAACUUUACACCGAAACAAAAGUUCGAAGCAGUGGUGAGCUCCGUUGUGUCGCCAAUUGAGUUCAAGGCUGUACUGWCGGAACCAGAACUCUUAGCAAAGUUAGAUGAAUUACACACUAAACUACAGGAGUACUGCAAUUCCACGCCUUGUGAUCCAUCGAUAAUGUACAAGUACCACGACGUAUGUGCUGUAAGAUCAGCCAAAGACAUGGAAUGGCAUCGUGCGAGGAUCACGUUUUCUYCCCAGAACAACAGUUACUCAGUUCAUUUAUUGGACAUGGACACCAAAGAGAGAGUAUCAACUGACAACAUGAGACCCGUUCCAGAUUGGGYCCAAGCUCUUCCUCCUCGCUGUAUUAURUGUUCUUUAGGUGGCAUAACCAAGCGUUCUGGGAUGACAAACUUUGGUAAAGAUGCAAGUGAGAAGUUUGCGUCACUUGUUUUGAACAAGAAAUUCACCUGUAAAGAGAUUAGCAGAAAGAAGAACUCUUACUUGAUUGACUUGCUCGAUGAAUUGGGCCAGCCGUCUGUCGCUAGAGAAUUGAUUGAUGGCGGUUUUGCAGAUGCAUUUGUAAGGAAACCAUUUGAAAACAUGGAGCUGAACGCGUCCUUCUUAUCAUGUCGUAUGGCCAUUAGUUCAGCCAGGUUACCACCGCCUGGAGAACUUUUCCAAGCCAAUGUCUCUCAAUAUGAAUCACCUGGYCACUUCUUUAUUCAGUUGAAAGAUGAAGAAUCACAACAAACACUGGAUAAAAUAUGCCAAGAAAUGAAUGGUCACUACGCCRCUUUACCUCCUCCUACCGACUGGCAGGCCAGAGAAGGUCAACAUUGCGCCGCGUUCUUCAGGAGUUCUUGGCUAAGAGCUUCUGUGAAAAGUAUCAACGAAGACAAAGUUGCAACUAUUUUUUGUGUCGACUUUGGGAAUGUUGAAAUCGUUCCUCAUUCAGCUCUUCGGCCAUUGGAACCUCAGUUCUCAUCACUUCCCCACUGCGCUCUUCACUGCAGUCUUGCAUACAUUUCACCACCCGAAGGCAACACYGAAUGGACUAAAGAAGCUGUUGAAUUUGCACGGAUGAAAAUGCCGCUUUCAUCCACUGUGAAUGUGUCUCUUGCUUUUAAAGGCAAAACCAUUCUGUUCAUCGAUGUAUUUCUGCAAAAUAAUGACAGUCUGUCGCGUCUGUUGAUCUCAAAAUCGCUUGCUUCAAAAAGAAACCAYCAAGGUUCCCCUGCUAAAGAAGAAAGGUUCUUCAAUCAACAUGACAGCAAAGGUCAAUUUCUUCAGAAGUCACCAAGACAAAGAAACCGAGACAAACAGCCUACUCCUAAAGAAAUGGCGAUAAGUGCUGCMAAACUUCCUCAAUCGAAGGAGUGCUUCAAAGUUUUUGUGACACACAUUACAUCCCCGGGYUGUUUCGCUGUUCAAGUUGCAGAUUUUGAAUUGGCGUCCAAGGUGGCUGCCCUUCACAACCAGAUGAAUUCACACUACAAUACCAACACUUAUCCACCCCACCARCCUACUUUGAAUGAGGUCUGUGCAUCGCAGUUUACCGUAGAUAACUCAUGGUACAGAGCGUGGAUCGAAAAAGUAGUCGAUGAUAAAGUCCAUGUCUAUUACGUGGAUUACGGAAAUUCAGAGGUGCUGGACGCAUCGCGGCUACGUCCUCUAGAACCACAGUUUAGGGGUCUCCCUUAUGCUGCUAUAACGUGCGGUCUUGGCAGUAUUACUUCACAAGGCGAGUGGAGCCCAGAAGCGAAAGAGUUUUUCAGUUCCAAGGUACCGGUAUUUGCAGCUCUAGAGGUCAAGAUUGUGUUUAAGAAAUAUGAAUGCAUCUUCUUGGAGAUUUCUGAUCCUCAAGACCCGACGACAACCGUCAACAAGACCUUGGUAGCGAAUAACCUUGCUGUGUGGAUGUUCGACAAGAAGCCACGCCGUGAAUUCUCAUCCAGUAGUCCUCCCGGUGCGAUGCCAAUUGAUGUAAGAGAAAAGAAACUUAAAAUUGAUGAAAACACGAUGAAAAGCUUAGAAAACGAUCUCAGUAUGAAGAAAAACAUUGUGAAUGACAGUGAGAUGCCAAGACAARACAUCGAAAACCCAAGACAGACCUUUGAAGAUACCGGAAGAAACAACGCCGAAAAUCAAGUAAAACUCAUUGAAAAUCAAGAACGCCCCAAGGAGAAUCCAGGAAGAACAAUGGAAACUCCACAAAGUUUCGUCCAGGCUCCACUCAAGUUUACCGUUGAUUCAGUGCCAAUUAUAGCAGUACMACAUGGAGAUCUCCACAACAGUAUGGUGUGUGAUGUGAAGCCAACAGGAAUCGUUUCUUUUCAGAUGUUAACCAAGGAAAUAGAARACUUUGCAUCACUUGGUACCAACAUCAGCGUCCACUGCAACCAAGUAGAUAACACGCCGUAUUACCCCUCUGUUCGUGAGCUGUGUUUUGUGCGUUUUACUGAAGAUAAAGAAUGGUAUCGUGCUGUGGUUGAUGCUGCUCUUCCCAGCAACAAGUUUAAAGUCACUUUUGUUGACUAUGGYAACGAAGAUAUCGUAACCCCUGAAGCUAUUCGUGUGAUGAAUGAGAAGUUCCUCGCGCUCCCUCGACAAGCCUACACCGGACCACUAAAGGGAAUAGCAUCGACCAAUCAGACGCCAUUGCCUGAUGACGUAAUCAACGCGCUUAAACAACAGCUAUUAGACAAGCGUUCAUUUGUUCUUGUGGAUAGGGACGGCGUUGAACUUUUUGAUGUUGGUCCAAACGGUGAUCCAAGCAAAAGCGUCAACGCAAAGUUCAUUGAUAUUCUCUAUCCUCAAGUUCCAACAGAGGUCGACACCGAGUUCGCAGMUUUGGUAACCGAAGUUCRCAACACCYGUGAAAUAUGGCUACAACAACAACACCAACAUGACGUCAUUAAAACCUUGAUGGAUGACGUCAAUUUGUAUUGCAGUAAUACGUCAUCAAUGACGUCACCACCUUCUCAAGGAGACCUUUUAUUCGCYAAACACAGUUUCUAUAAURGMUGGUAUCGRGCAAKRRUCGAUGAAUGGAAACCACCCAUGGCUAGUGUUCGUUUCGUYGACUAUGGAUACAGCGAACAAGUGACCGCAGACAAGCUACGUCCACCAAGAUCUGAUCUACUGAGGCUUCCACCCCAGGCUGUUAAGUGUUAUUUGGUUCGUGUGGUACAAGGGAACCCUGGSGCAGAUGACUUCAUCAAGCAGAUCUUGAACAGAGAGUUUAUCGUGAAGAUAGUCGAGAAGAAAGGAGAUAGUUUAGGRAUUGAGUUAGAGGACUAUGGUGUCCCUAAUGGACCUUUGAACAUCAAUGAUUACUUGAUUGGAUUUGGCUACGAGGCGUAGAGACUAAUAUAAACAUAUAGAUACUCAUUCUUCAGUUAACGUUAUAUAGAGUUAUUCUUGAUCAUUAAGUAAAGUAUAAAUUUAACAGGACAUCUCGGUGUUUUUGUAUUUCUUAUUUAAUUUCUAUUUCGUGGCUAGUUUUUUUCGAGAUUGCUUGGUUCUUCCACGUAUUAYUUU